AGACUUUGGACAUUUUCACCAAAGUCUUCUGGCCGGCGAACCAAUCAAGAUCGUCUCUCUUUCUUUCUUUCUCUCCAUAGCCAAAAUCCGGAAGACAAAGAACCAUACAUAAAAGGCAAGACCGACCUGCUGUUUCCUUUAUCGGAGAACUGAAAAAUGGCGGUCGGAAAAGAAGAUGUGGAGAUUAUAAAGCCAAGAACGGACAAAAGGGAAUACCGGAGGAUCGUCCUUAGGAAUUCCCUUCAAGUUCUUCUCGUCAGCGAUCCUGAUACCGAUAAGUGUGCUGCUUCUAUGAGUGUGGGUGUUGGUUCCUUCUGUGAUCCCGUUGGCCUCGAAGGCCUCGCUCAUUUUCUUGAGCACAUGCUGUUUUAUGCUAGUGAAAAGUAUCCUUUGGAGGAUAGUUACUCAAAGUACAUUACAGAGCAUGGAGGGAGCACAAAUGCCUUUACAGCUUCUGAGCAGACCAACUAUUAUUUUGAUGUUAACACUGAUUGUUUUGAAGAAGCUCUGGACCGGUUCGCACAAUUCUUCAUCAAACCACUGAUGUCAGCUGAUGCUACCACAAGGGAAAUUAAAGCUGUUGAAUCUGAGAACCAGAAAAACUUACUGUCUGAUGCUUGGAGAAUGAACCAGCUUCAGAAACAUCUAAGUUUGGAAAGUCAUCCAUAUAACAAAUUCAGCACAGGGAACUGGGAAACUUUGGAAGUUAGACCAAAAGCAAAAGGAGUAGAUACAAGGCAAGAGCUCCUUAAGUUCUAUGAAGACAAUUAUUCAGCCAACCUCAUGCAUCUGGUUGUAUAUGCAAAAGAAAGUCUUGAUAAAAUUCAGAGUCUAGUGGAGGACAAGUUCCAGGAAAUUCGAAACUCUGAUAGAAGCUGUUUCGUAUUUCCUGGUCAGCCUUGCACAUCGGAACAUCUUCAGAUUCUUGUCCAAGCUGUUCCAAUAAAGCAAGGCCACAAAUUAAGGAUUAUAUGGCCGAUAACACCAAGCAUUCUUCGUUACAAGGAAGAACCAUGCAGGUAUCUUGGUCACCUCAUUGGCCAUGAAGGAGAAGGAUCUUUGUUUUAUGUCUUGAAAACACUAGGAUGGGCUACUAGAUUGUCGGCUGGCGAAGGUGAUUGGACUUUGGAGUUUUCUUUCUUCAAAGUAGUAAUAGAUCUUACUGAUGCUGGCCAUGAUCACAUGCAGGAUAUAGUUGGGUUGCUAUUUAAAUACAUUCAACUGUUGCAGCAGUCUGGUGUUUGUGAAUGGAUAUUUAAUGAGCUCUCAGCUGUUUGCGAGACAGGAUUUCACUAUCAGGACAAAUUCCGUCCUAUUGACUAUGUAGUAAAAAUUGCAUCAAAUAUGCAGAUAUAUCCUCCAAAAGAUUGGCUAGUGGGGUCAUCAUUGCCUUCGAAUUUCAAUCCAGACACUAUACAAAUGAUACUAAAUGAGCUCUGUCCAGAGAAUGUCAGAAUCUUCUGGGAGUCAAAGAAAUUUGAGGGACUGACUGACAAGGUUGAGCCUUGGUAUGGAACUGCAUAUUCCAUUGAGAAAGUUACCCCCUCAAUAGUUCAGGAAUGGAUGUCAUUGGCUCCUAUGGAAAAGCUGCAUUUACCUGCCCCUAAUGAUUUUAUACCAACAGACUUGUCUCUUAAGAGUGCUCAAGAGAAGGUCAAGUUUCCAGUUUUGUUGAGAAAGUCAUCAUAUUCAAAAUUAUGGUACAAGCCUGACACAAUGUUCUCCACUCCUAAGGCAUAUGUUAAGAUAGACUUCAACUGCCCAUAUGCUAGCAACUCUCCUGAAGCUGAAGUUCUUGCAGAUAUUUUUGCACGGUUAUUGAUGGAUUACUUGAAUGAAUAUGCUUACUAUGCUCAGGUUGCUGGUCUUUAUUACAGCAUAAGCGACCUAAAUAGUGGUUUUGAGGUUACAUUGUUUGGUUAUAAUCACAAGUUGAGGAUCUUGCUGGAAACUGUAGUCGAUAAAAUUGCGAAAUUUGAAGUGAAACCUGACAGGUUUUCGGUAAUCAAGGAAAUGGUAAUGAAGGACUAUCAAAAUCUCAAGUUUCAGCAACCCUAUCAACAGGCUAUGUACUAUUGCUCAUUAAUACUAAAGGACCAGACAAGGCCUUGGAUGGAACAACUUGAAGUUUUACCUCAUCUUAAUGCAGAAGACCUUGCAAAAUUUGCUCCCAUGAUGCUCUCAAAGGCCUUUCUGGAGUGUUACAUAGCAGGAAACAUCGAACAGGAGGAAGCAGAGUCAAUGAUUCAGCGUGUUGAGGAUGUUUUCUUUAAGGGUUCAAACCCUAUAUGCCAGCCAUUGUUUCUGUCCCAGCAUCUAACAAAUAGAGUUGUCAAGCUUGAAAGAGGCAUGAAUUACUUCCACUCUAAGGAAGGCCUUAAUCCUAGUGAUGAGAAUUCUGCUUUAGUCCACUAUAUUCAGGUUCAUAGGGAUGAUUUUAUAUUGAAUGUGAAACUUCAACUCUUUGUCCUUAUUGCAAAGCAACCUGCCUUCCAUCAGCUUCGAUCUAUUGAGCAACUGGGGUACAUUACUGUCCUCAUGCAGAGGAAUGAUUCUGGAAUUCGUGGGGUGCAAUUCAUUAUCCAAUCUACAGUAAAGGGUCCAGGACGUAUUGAUUUGAGAGUUGAGGCAUUCCUCAAAAUGUUUGAGAGUAAACUGUAUGAGAUGACAAAUGAUGAAUUUAAGAGCAAUAUAAAUGCAUUGAUUGAUAUGAAGCUUGAGAAGCACAAGAAUUUAAGGGAAGAAUCUCAAUUUUACUGGCGAGAGAUCAGUGAUGGGACGCUCAAGUUUGAUAGGAGAGAAGCUGAGGUUGCAGCGUUAAGGCAGCUUACACAUCAAGAAUUGAUAGAUUUUUUCAAUGAAAACAUAAAAGUUGGUGCAACUCGAAAGAAGACACUUAGUGUGCGUGUGUACGGGAACCAACAUUUGUCUGAAAUCAACUCAGAUAAAAGUGAGCCAGUUCAACCGCACAUCAUCCAAAUUGAUGAUAUCUUCAGUUUUAGAAGAUCACAACCACUUUAUGGUUCAUUUAGAGGCGGCUUUAUGAAGCUGUAGGCUGGAAGACGAGGGGAGAGGGGAGAUGGAGUUCAAGCUCAUCCCUCUUCGUAAAACAAAUUGUUCAGUGAUGUACAAAAUUUAGGCAAGCAUGCCAUGGAAACAAACAGGAUAAUGUAGGGUCACUGACAAACCUUCUUACAGUUAGUUUUUCAUGGAUUGAGGCAUUGUUCUACAUAGGAGAAAAGCAGCAAAUGGUACAUUGGUUCCUCUUCUGAUAUAUACUGUUUUAAUCCUGCCUAGGUACAAACAAACAAAAAGAAUGUCUAGGUAGAGAAAUGGAGUUGCAGUCAUUUGUAUAUGGAAAGAAUAAAACUUGUGGUGUGGAAUAUAUUUGAUAGAAUGAAAGUGGGUAGGAUUGUCCGUA